ACGUCACUUCCACUCAGUUCUUACCGGACGUCAUCCGUGGUCGAGAAAUAAGCCCGUUACUUGAACAUGUCUUAAGACAAAAGAGCCCACAUGGACUGUAUUUCAAAAAAAAAAAUGUCACAAAUAGCAUUGUAAUCGUGUUUAAAUCAUUCACUUGCCUCCUUGAUUCCACUGUGGCUAUUUCCCCUUCCGACCGCAAAGCCGUUUUCCGGUUCUUAUGUAAAACAUCUUAACACUGCCAAUGUGGAGUAGGGCUGAUCUUGACGAUGGAUACGAUGCUUACAAAACAGGUUCAAGUAGUGCUGGCUCUUCUGGGUGGGUUGGUAGCAAUGAAUCAACCUGGCACAGCAAGCAGUCUGGACCUGGGAACAAUAUCUUUGGACGUAGACUCAGUGCUGUGUCAGACAGCGGUGACACAGGCAUUGGCACUUACUGUUCUGAAAGCGUGGAAGAUGACUCCUGUUCAAGCACCACACCAUCUCUUCAGCCACUGUCUCGACGUCACUCCAGUCAGGAGGAUGGGCUCGGCAGCAGUCUCCCUAUUGUCCAUGUCACGGUAUCUCCUACGACGUCAUCAUACACCAGUCUGAAAAUGAUAGCCUCACCCAGUAGCACAGGUCAUCGGAGCAAGUCUUGGCAGCUGACCCCUCCAGUCACGUCUCCUCUUAGUGCACCAACAAGUGUUAACAUGAAGGACCAGCAACCCAUCAGGAGGUGGUCAUCUCUCACGAAGUUGUCAUCUGGUGUUGAAAAGAACUCCAAAAACAUAGUCCACCAACAGAGAACAGAUUCACAUGGGUCCCUGGACAGGGGUCUGUACUAUGGCGACAGAAAAGAACCCGGUGAAUUAAAUAGAGAUCUUUUUUUACCUGUGUCUCCCUCCUGGGUCUGUCAUAGCUUAUUACAGUGUUCUCCUGGUGCUGGUUCCUCCUAUUGGAACAAAUAUAACAGUAGAUCUGGUUUGGAAACAGACCUAUCACUGUCCUCAACUCUGUCUUCACCCAUUAAACACAGCAGUUUGGACAUAAACUAUUGUAGUUUAGCAGAGGCUAACCUGGCAAAGCGAGGGGAUCAGGUUUAUGGCCUCAGUUUAUCCAAGCUAGCAGACUCACCACUUGGACAUCCAGUUGACAGAGACUCUCCAAUUCAGCCAGCUGUACGGACACAAAUGUGGCUGACAGAGCAGAUGGAGUACAGCUCUAAAGCAGAGCAUGGAGCAGAACCUGGCCAGAUAGUUGAUACUGAGACAAAGGUCUGUGGUGGAGAGGGACCACCAUUUCAACAAGGCAUCAACCAGAUGCUGCAGGGGACAUCCCAUUUUGUCAACACUCUGGUGAAGGUUAAAGAAGGUAUGCUGAGACAAAGAGAGCUGGAAAUUGAUAGACAAAAGCAACAAAUCCUGCAGCUCCAUGCCCGCAUUAGAGAAAAUGAGCUGCGAGCCCAGCAGGUGCUCCACAGUCAGAGGUGGUUUGAUGAUCCUCAAAUCCUGAAGAUGAAGGAUUCAGUGAAGGAAGUGCCAUCUGACCGACUGUGUUGUGAUGAAGAACUCAGUAGGAAGCUGGCAGUGUCUGAGUUGGAAGUACUUCAUCUCAACGAGCUGUACAAGCAAGCCACUCAGAAAUAUACUGAAGAUCUUAAGAAACUGGAAGAAAAGAUAAAGACAAGGGAUCGAUACAUCAGCAGUCUGAAAAAGAAAUGCCAGCGGGAGAGCGAACAGAACCAUGAAAAACAGCAACGCAUUGAAACUCUGGAGAAGUACCUUGCUGACCUUCCAACUCUGGGUGAGGUGCAAGUCCAGGCCCUGCAGCUGGAAGAGGUGCAGUUGAGAGCUCAGGAGCUGGAGAAAACAGUGUUUCAGUUGCAAAAAAACCUGGAGGACAGCUCUGCUUUGUUGAAAGAGAAAGAUGUCAAGAUUGAGAAACAAGACAGGAGAGAGAAGGAGCUGAUCGCAUCUGUGCACGGGAUGCAGCAGAAGGUGCAGAGGUGUUUCCAGGAUGGAAUCAGGUUGGACUUGAAGCACCUUGAGGUGGAAAAAAUUCACCUCUUGGAGAAACAAGACCAUAGCAGUAAGUUAAUUGAACAUCAGAAAGUACAGAUUGAGACACUCAACUUACAACUGAAGGUGACCAGUACAAGACUACAAAAAGGAAGAAGACAGAUUUGUCUUCCUGACAACCAAGAAGAUGAUUUGAGGACAGCACUAGCUACACACGUGUUCCAUAUGUGUGUCGUUGAGAAGCAGGCAGGGGUGGAUCACUGGCUGCAGGAGUAUUCUCCGUCUAACGUGGAAAUGGCACAAGUGGGGCAACUCUUCAAGGAGCUGUCCCUGUGCCUAUUUGACCUUCAGGCUCUCCAUAGCAUCCUGUCGCAGAGAGCUCAAGGAAAGGAGCUCAACUUGUCUCUGCUGCUGGGGUUGACAUCAUUGAAUGUCCCCGCAGAGGAGAGCGAACUCAGGGACACGGUGGAACAAGUUGGAGCGUUGAAGAGACUUGAGGUCUGCCAGUUGAGGAAGGGCAUCGAUGAGCUGAGAAAAAGCAUGUCUGACUGCUACACCCACUACAUCGUCGACAAUUUACCGGGAAUGGAAAGUCAAAGUGACAGACCAGGAGGAACACUGACAAGUGUUACCGUGCUGGAAUCACAGAGGAGUUAGUAGCAGCUUUUCAAAAAGCGCUUUCCGGUAAUGAUCUGUGAUUUUUUUUUUCUUUUUUUUUUUUUAGAGGACUUUCAUCAAGUGUGUAAAAUUUUGUAAAGUUUGGACCAUCUAGAGUCAAGUAUGCAUUUCACAAGAUCAUUUUAACACAUGAACAUGAUAACCAGUUUGGUUAUACUUUUACAGCUCCUGGAGUGUCUUGGUGAGGUAUUGAAUAUUUGGGGAAUUUUAAGCCUUACUAGUUAAAAUCAAGGUACAGUUGUACUUGUACUUAAAAAAUUCAUUUGUUCCGGAGGUCCUUUCGUCACGUGAAUUUUUCCCAAGUAAUGUAAGUAGCCUAAUCUGGGCAUUUUAUUGUAAUUUUAUUGUCCAAAAAUGUAUAUUCAUUUGUAAUUGUAUUAACUUCAAAGUACUACAUAUAUAUUCAACAAUAUUGUACCGACAUUGAUGGCUCAGCAUUAAGCCAACCCAUGCAUGAUCUUUACAUAUUUCCUUCAUCUAAAAAUUAAAUGAACUAAAAUCCUUUAUUAAGCAUCAUGGACAGUUAAAUGAAUCAAACAAUAGAAAAUUUAAAUGUUUAGCUGCUUAUCAAACCUCAGAAUGGGUAUUUAUACAUGCUGCACUAGUGUUAUUCUUUAACAAAGCCUGGUUCUUUAUGAUAAAGUGUAUUGGUAAUCCAUCCAUCCAUUUUCUGAGCCGUUUAUCCUCACGAAGGUCAUGGGAGUGCUGGGGUCUAUCCCAGCAAUCAGCAGGCAGGAGGCCGGGUAGACCCCGAACUGUUUGCCAGCCAGAGAACGGCUGCACUCACAACCACACCAAGACCCCAAUGAAUGCAUUUGGGAGGAAACUGUCAUGUGGGGAGAAAACUCACGCAGGCACGGGGAAAACAUGCAAACCCCACACAGGUGGGGCUGGGAUUUGAACCCUCAGAACUGUGAGCCCACCGUGCUGCCAUGAAAUGUAAUGUGUGUUGUAUAUAUUCACUGCAUGUUUUUUAAUCACGAAGAGUACUGGAUGACUUGUAACAUAUUGUAACCAAUUAAAAUUAAUUGAAAA